AUGCAAAUUCGACUGACCCUGUUUUUACACCUUGGGUGGCUCAUUUGCUCGAAAGCUCAAGACAAAUGUGACCAGGGUGCCUGCCGUCCUACCCCUGGCAAUCUCCUGUUGGGCCGCAGCACGCAACUUACUGCAUCUUCUACCUGUGGGCUGAAUGGAGCCCAGAAAUACUGUAUCCUCAGCUACCUGGAGGGGGAACAAAAAUGUUUCGUGUGUGACUCCCGAUUUCCCUAUGACCCAUAUUCCCAGCCUAACAGUCACACCAUUGAGAAUGUAAUCACAAGUUUUGAACCAGACAGAGGAAAGAAAUGGUGGCAAUCUGAGAAUGGCCUUGAUCACGUCAGCAUCAGAUUGGACCUAGAGGCGAUAUUUCAGUUCAGCCACCUUAUACUGACCUUUAAGACUUUUCGGCCUGCUGCAAUGUUAGUGGAACGAUCCACAGACUACGGACACUCCUGGAAAGUGCUCAGAUAUUUUGCAAAAGACUGUGCUGCCUCCUUUCCUGAUGUCACAUCUGGCCAGGCCCAGGGAGUGGGAGACCUUGUUUGUGACUCCAAAUAUUCAGAUAUUGAACCCUCAACUGGUGGCGAGGUUGUUUUAAAAGUUUUGGAUCCCAGCUUUGAAAUAGAAAACCCUUACAGCCCCUACAUCCAGGAUCUUGUAACAUUAACAAACCUGAGGAUAAACUUUACCAAACUCCAUACACUUGGGGAUACUUUUCUGGGAAGGAAGCAAAAUGAUUCCCUUGAUAAAUACUACUAUGCUCUGUAUGAAAUGGUUCUUCGGGGAAGCUGUUUUUGCAAUGGCCAUGCCAGUGAAUGUGGUCCUUCACAGAACGAGCGGGGCGACACUUUCAGCUCCCCAGGAAUGGUUCAUGGUCGGUGCGUCUGUCAGCACAACACAGAUGGCCCCAACUGUGAGAGGUGCAAGGACUUCUUCCAGGAUGCUCCAUGGAGACCAGCCAUAGGCUCUCAGGACAAUGCAUGCAGAUCAUGUAGCUGUAAUGGCCACUCUGACCGCUGUCAUUUCGAUCUGGCCACGUACCUGGCGAGUGGCGGCCUCAGCGGGGGCGUGUGCGAGGACUGCCAGCACCACACGGAGGGCCAGCACUGCGACCGCUGCAGACCCCUGUUCUACAAGGACCCCCUCAAGGCCAUCUCAGAUCCUGAUGCAUGCCUGCCUUGUGAAUGUGAUCCUGAUGGAACCAUAUCUGGUGGCAUUUGUGUGAGCCACCUUGAUGCUGCCAUGGGGACUGUGGCCGGCCAGUGCCUGUGUAAGGAGAAUGUGGAAGGAGUCAACUGCGACCGGUGCAAACCCAAUCACUAUGGACUAAGUGCCUCUGACCCCCUGGGCUGUCAGCCCUGCAACUGCAACCCCCUUGGGAGUCUGCCAUUUGAGACUUGUGAUGUAGAUACAGGUCAAUGCUUAUGCCAGGCCUACGUCACCGGACCACACUGCGAACAGUGCACUGUUGGCUACUGGGGACUAGGGGAUCAACGCCCUGGAUGUUCUCCCUGUGACUGUGAUAUUGGAGGUGCUUAUUCCAACAUGUGCUCACCCAAGGAUGGACAGUGUGAAUGCCGCCCACACAUCACUGGCCGCAGCUGCAAUGAACCUGCCCCAGGCUACUUCUUUGCCCCUUUGAAUUUCUAUCUCUAUGAGGCAGAGGAAGCCACACCACUCCAAGGACUCGCGCCUUUGGGAAAGAUAGUUACAUUCCUCUUGGUGACUUUUGGCCAGGUGCCUGCAGUUCACAUUGUUUUCGGAGAGCUUGUUCCUGGGAACCCUGUUACAUGGACUGGACCUGGAUUUGCCAGAGUUCUCCCUGGAGCUGGCUUGAGAUUUGCUGUCAACAACAUUCCUUUUCCCAUGGACUAUACCAUUGCUGUUCGCUAUGAAACUCAGUCUGCAGAUGACUGGGCCAUCCAGGUCGUGUUUAACCCUUCUGGGGAGAGCAAGUACUGCACACACAAGAUUCUACCGCAGGAGCCUCAGUCUUUCGUCUUAUCAGCAGCUGCCAGAAUCAAGCUGCUUCCCACACCCAUCUGUUUAGAACCAGAAGUACAAUAUUCCAUCGACGUCUAUUUUUUUCAACCUUUGGAGUCCCACACUCAUUCUCACAUCCUGGUUGAUUCUCUUGGCCUCAUUCCUCAAAUCAAUUCAUGGGAGGAUUUCUGCAGCAAGAAAGACAUGGAUGAGUAUCAGCUGCACAACUGUGUUGAAAUUGCCUCGGAAGUGGGACCUCAAGUGCUCUCUGGUGCUUGUGAAAGGCUCGUGGCCAGCAUGUCUGCCAAGCUACACAAUGGGGCAGUGGCUUGUAAGUGUCACCCCCAGGGUGCAGUCGGAUCCAGCUGCAGCCCACUUGGAGGCCAGUGCCAGUGUAAACCUCAUGUGGUUGGGCGCUGCUGCAACAGGUGCUCAACUGGAAGCUACGGUUUGGGACAUCAUGGCUGUCACUCAUGUCACUGCCAUCCUCAAGGUUCGAAGAACACAGUCUGUGACCAAAUAACCGGUCAGUGCCCCUGCCACAAAGAGGUGACUGGCCGCUGUUGUGAUCAGUGCCUGGCAGGCUACUUUGGGUUUCCCAACUGCCAUCCUUGCCAUUGCAAUGGGUUUGCUGAACUUUGUGAUUCAGAGACAGGGUCGUGCUUCGAUUGUGGAGGUUUCACAACCGGAAAAAACUGUGAAAGGUGCAUCGAUGGUUACUAUGGAAAUCCUUCUUUAGGACAGUCUUGUCGUCCUUGCCUGUGUCCAGAUGCUCCCUCAAGCAAUCAGUAUUUUGCCCAUUCCUGUUAUCAGAGUCCUUGGAUGUCAGAUGUAAUCUGCAAUUGUCUUCAAGGUUAUGCAGGUGUUCAGUGUGGGGAAUGCGCUGCUGGUUUCUACGGUAAUCCAAGUGUUUCGGGAGCACCUUGCCAGCCAUGUGCCUGCAACAACAACAUAGAUGUAACUGAUCCAGAGUCCUGCAACCGAAUAACAGGGGAGUGCCUUCGAUGUCUGCACAACACUCAGGGUACAAAUUGCCAGCUCUGCAAACCAGGUCACUUUGGAUCAGCCCUCAAUCAGACCUGCAGAAGAUGCUCCUGCCACCCAUCUGGAGUCAGUCCCACUGUGUGUCCCCCUGGUGAGGAAGCUUGCCUUUGUGACCCCAUCACUGGUGCAUGCCCUUGUCUACCAAAUGUCACAGGCCUGGCUUGUGACCGUUGUGCUGAUGGACACUGGAAUCUUGUCCCUGGCAGGGGAUGUCAGUCAUGUGACUGUGACCACCAGACCUCUCAAAGCAGCCACUGUGACCAGCUUACAGGCCAAUGUCUAUGCAAACUGGGCUAUGGUGGGAAACGCUGUAAUGAGUGCCAGGAAAAUUAUUAUGGUGACCCAUUCGGGCAAUGCCUUCCAUGUGACUGCAACAUGGAAGGAACCCAGAAGCCUAUCUGUGACCCAGACACAGGCAUGUGCCACUGCCGGGAGGGUGUCAGCGGCCAGCGAUGUGACCACUGUGCCCGGGGUCAUGGUCAGGAAUUCCCUACUUGUCUUCGAUGUCACUUGUGUUUUGAUCAAUGGGACCAAACCAUUUCUUCCCUCUCCAAAGCAGUGCAAGGGUUAAUUAGGCUGGCUGCUAACAUGGAAGAUAAAAGAGAGACCCUGCCGGUCUGUGACUUCAAAGGCCUCAGAGAGAACAUGUCUGAAAUAGAGAGGAUUUUGAAACAUCCUGUUCUCUCAUCUGAGGAAUUCUUAAAAGUCAAGGAUUAUCAUGACUCUGUUAGAAAACAAAUCACGCAUCUAAAUGAACAAUUGAAAACGGUGUACAAAUUCCAAGAUCUGACAGAAACCAUAGUAAGGAUGAGGAAUGAAACAGACCACUUGCUUGAAAACGUUCAGGAGAAAAUUGAUUUGCAAUCUAGCAUUCUUAAUGCAAGCACUGAAGAUUCCUUAGAAAAUAUCAAGAAGUAUUACCGCAUAUCAUCAUCUGCUGAAAAGAAAACUAAUGAAACUGGUUCCAUCAUAAAUAACUCUGUAAACACCAGGACCAGCUUGCUUACCAUUUUAGAUACACUGACCUCAAAAGAAAACUUGCCAUUGGAAAAGUUAAAGCAGAUUAAGAUACCAGAUAUCCAGAUAUUGAAUGAGAAGGUGUGUGGAGAACCUGGGAACUUGUCAUGUGAUCUCUCACCCUGUGGGGGAGCUCUCUGCAGGGACUCUGAGGGACACAGGCGGUGUGGUGGUCCCAACUGUCAUGACUCUCUGACCCUCUCAAGCAAUGCCCUCCAAAAAGCCCAGGAUGCAGAAUCUGUGGUUCAAAAUUUGAACAACCAGUCUCAAGUGUUGAAGAAUCAGAUAAAAAAUAUAAGUAAACUGGCAGAAGUCUCCAAAAACAAUGUCUUGCAGCUAAAUGAGAAACUGGCAAAUAUGAAAAACCAAAGUGAAUUCGAGGAAGAAAAACUGAAUCUUUUAAUCAAAAAAGUGAAGAACUUUUUAUUAGAGGAAAACGUGCCUCCAGAAGACAUAGAGAAGGUUGCAAAUCGUGUGCUUGACAUCCACCUACCAAUAACAUCACAAAAUCUAACCCAUGAAUUUGACAAAGUACAGAAACUUAUGCAACUUGGUGAGGACUACAGGACAGAAAAGAACAAGCUUAAAAAAGCAGCACAUGGAGCCCAAAAGCUUUUGGUGAAGGCCAAAGCAGCUGAGAAAGCAGCAGCUGUCUUGUUAAACCUUGACAAAACAUUGAAUAAGUUGCAACAAGCUCAAAUCACUCAAGGACAGGCAAACUCUACUAUUACUCAGCUGGCUGCCAAGAUAACAAAAAUAAAAAAGAAUGUACUGCAGGCUGAAAAUAAAGCCAAGGAAAUGAAGAAUAAGCAGCUGGACUUAGCAAAGCAGCUGUCAGAGCAGGAGGAUGGAUUCUCCCUGCUGUGGACCAAGUGGCAAAGGAACCAAGAACAAGCGGGCAGGGCAAGAGUGCAGGCUGAAUCCGCCCGUCGUCAUGCUGGGGGUGCUGAGAAGGAGUUUCUGGAGCUGAAAAAACAGUACACCCUUCUUCAACAUGAGAGGAGGGCUUCAGGACUGACAAAGGAAACAAUCGGAAGAGUCAAACAGCUAAAAGAUGCCGCCGAGAAAUUGGCUGGGGAUACAGAGGACAAGAUGAAAAGAAUAACAGAUUUAGAGAAGAAGAUCCAAGAUUUGAAUCUAAGUAGACAAGAAAAAGCUGAUCAACUGAAACAAUUAGAAGAGCAAGUUGUUGCCAUUAAAAAUGAAAUUGUUGAGCAGGAAAAUAAAUACGCCACCUGCUAUAGUUAG